AGCCACUGAGGACUAUCGUAGGAACGGCAUGGAGAGCAAAUGGAGGGGCUGGGUGCUGAUCCUCGCUGUGUGCCUGGGCUCCUACCAAGCCGGGGCCAGCCCCCUCCACGAAUGUGGCGAGCAGCCGGAGGACUGGUGCCGCGAUGUGGCUACGGCGGCCAAGUGCGGGGCACUGGAGCUUUGCCAGAUCACCGUCUGGGACCAGGCCCUGGGGCAGAAGGGGAUCCCGUGUCACCUGUGCCAGGUGGUGGUCUCUGUGGUGGGCAAGAUCCUGCAGGACAACCGCACUGAGGAAAAGCUGCGGCUCUUCUUGGAUAAGAAAUGCCAGUACCUGCCCUUCCAGGACUGGUCUGUCAAGUGCAAGAGGAUGGUGGACACUGGCAUCCUCAUCCUCGUCCAGCUGGGCAAGCAAGUGCUGUCGGACCCAAAGGUGGUGUGUGGGACCAUCAGGCUGUGCCAGCCCCGAGAGAGCCCCACGGGGGCCCUGAAGUUUCAGAAGCCGCCGCCAGCCCCUGCAGGCCCCGCUCAGGACUUCGCUGACCUGGUUGCCCCCUUCAUCGCCAACGUGCCCCUCCUGCUGAAUCCCCAGGACCUGCCCCGUGGCGAGGCCCAGGAGAAGGAAGAGGUGUGCGGGGACUGCCUGCAGCUGGUGGCGGCAGUGCAGCUGGAGCUGGGGACCAGUGCUGCCUUUGCCCAGGCGUUGGUGGCCCACGGCGAGCGGGCGUGCGAAGGCCUGGCACCCGACCUGGCACGCUGGUGCAAGCACUACCUGGCCAAGUACGUGGACGUGGUCACCCAGCUGCUCCAGUACAUGCAGGCUGAGGACCCCCAGGAGCUGUGUGGCCAUCUGGGACUCUGCUCCUCCACCUCGGCACUGCCCCUCCACAUGCUGCUCACAAAGAAGGUGACACAGGUCCUGAGCGUGCUGGGGGAUGAGGAGGGCACCACGCCGCUGUGUGAGAUGUGCCAGUUCGCUGUGAAGACGGCUGAGAGCCUCCUGGAGAACAAUGUGACAGAGGAGCAACUGGUGAACGACAUUGAGAAGGUGUGCUACAUGCUGCCCCACGGAGUCAUCGGGCAGUGCAAGGACUUCGUCGACUCCUACGGCAAAGCCGUGGUCAUCAUGCUGCUGGAGGCCACCGACCCGGAGGCCAUCUGCACCAUGCUGCACUGCUGCCCCCGGAGAGGGGACACCGCCCGAGGGGCUGCGGCGCUGGAGCAGCUGGCAGUGGGUGCGGGCGCCUUCUGCAAUGUCUGCCAGAUCUUCAUCACCUACUUUGAUAACGAGCUGCUGAAGAACGAGACGCUGUCGGAGCUGGGUGACAUGCUGGAGAAGGGCUGCGAGCUGCUGCCCCCGCCGCUCACCGGCAAGUGUGAGGCGAUCGUGGUGCAGUACGAGCCGGCGGCCGUGCGGCUCCUGGUGCAGAUGAUGGACCCCACCUUUGUCUGCACCAAAAUAAGAGCCUGUGAAUCACCCAAGGAGGAUCUCCUGGGCUCGGACCCCUGUGCCUGGGGCCCGCACUACUGGUGCAAGAACAUGGCCACGGCAGUUGAGUGCCACGCUGUCGAGCACUGCCGGCGUCACCUAUGGAACUAGGAGCCACCUCCCCGGCCGGCCGGCCUUGCCCUGCCGUUUUGGUUCAGGAUCCCAAAGCCCCUCUCUUGGGAUGUGCCUGCACCUGCGGACGGCGACAGCCGGAGUCCACCGGCCUCUCACCCCGGCGGGGGCUGUGGGGUGCCCCAGCCGCCUCCGCCACUUCCUUUUCCACCCCUGGGGCUUGGAUUUCCAAAUCAGGUUAAGGGACUCAUUUCUCAGGACUGGGGAUUCAACCUCGCUGACUCUUCGGCCGACUGCAAAAUCCCACCAUCUCUCCCCAUUCGCAUCCUUCUCCUCACCCCAUCCCACCCUGCCCUGAACCGCUCGUAAAGCCAGAUCCUGCGACGUGGAUCCGUCCCCCUGGGCUGGAUGGUUUCUGUUGCCCGAAUGCCAGCACCCCAGUCCUGCCUGCUGGCAGUCUCACACCGCAGGUCUCUGGCUUUUGGCAAGCCCAGCUCUUUG